AUGGCAUACUGUCUUCUUGGACUCAUCAUCAAAAUAAUACAUCUACUUGAUCUUCGUUGUCUGGAUACACUAUAUUUAACAGGUGCAAUCAAUCUCACUUCAUUGAUUCACUUGCAAUACAUUCGACAUCUAGACAUCAGCAAUAAUGAUUUUAUGUGGAUUCACAUCCCACAAGCCAUUGGCUCUUUUACCAACUUACGAUAUCUCAACCUCUCAUUUUCUUUAUUGAGUGGGAAGAUUCCUUUCCAACUUGGAAAUCUUUCACUACUACAGUAUCCAGACCUUGGAAGAAAUAGUCUUCUUGGACCAGUUCCUUUUCAGAUUGGGAAUCUUAGACAGUUACAAUAUCUUGAUCUUGGAGGGAAUUCUCUAUCAGGAGAAAUCCCAUUUCAACUUAGGAAUCUCAAGCGGCUACAAUAUCUUAAUCUUGCAAGUAACACUCUUUCUGGAGCUAUCCCUUUUCGGAAUGGGAAUCUUCCUCUCUUACAAACUCUUCGGAUAGGUGGAAAGAUACCAAAAAGCAUCAUAUUGCUAUCUGAGUUGGAGGAUCUAUAUUUGGAGGGAAAUUCUUUAGAGGGUGAAAUCACUGAAUCUCAUCUUUCUAAUUUUUCCAAAUUAGAAACUUUAUCCUUAUCAUACAACACAUUGUCUCUAAGAUUUGUCUCUAAUGGGGUUCCUCCUUUUCAAGCAACAAGAUUGAGUUUAGCAUCUUGCAAGCUAGGUCCGAGUUUUCCUGGUUGGCUCCGGACACAGAAUUCUUUAAUGUCGCUAGAUAUAUCUGAUAAUGAGCUUAGUGAUUCUGUACCAGCAUGGUUUUGGAACAAAUUGCAAAAUUUAAAAUGGUUAAACAUGUCUCACAAUAAUCUCAAUGGUGCAAUUCCUGAUAUACCAUUAAAGCUUCCUUAUGGAACCUCUAUAAUUCUGAAUUCAAAUCAAUUUGAGGGUACACUUCCACCCUUUUUGCUACAAGCUUCAGGGCUUUUAUUCUCUAAAAAUAUAAUUUCUGAUUUGCAUUCUUUUUUGUGUAACCAAAUCAUUGCUCCGAAUUUGGCAACAUUAGAUUUAUCAAACAAUCAUAUAACGGGACAAAUUCCGGAUUGUUGGCAAUCUUUAGACCAAUUACUAUUUCUUGAUUUGAGCAAGAAUAAGUUGUCUGGGAAUAUUCCCAUCUCCAUGGGGAAACUUGUUAAAUUAGAAGCGCUGGUUUUGCGAAAGAAUAAUUUAAGAGGUGGACUGCAUUCCAGUUUGAAGAAUUGCACUAAUUUAAUUAUGCUGGAUGUGAGUGAAAAUAAUUUGUCUGGUCGAAUACCAUCAUGGAUUGGAGAAAGUAUGCAGCAAUUGAGAAUCUUGAACAUGCAAGGGAAUCACUUCUCAUUAAAUUUUCCUAUUCAACUUUGUUAUUUAAGACAUAUUCAAUUGUUGAAUCUCUCCAGGAAUAAAUUAUCAAAAGCAAUUCCAACAUGCUUAAAGAAUUUUACAGCCAUGUCUGAAAAGAACAUCAACAGAACUGAAACUCAAGGCCUUAUAUAUGGGUACAAUAUUACUUAUAGGGAAAUCUACGGUCCCUCCAUGUCUUUUGACUACAGGCUUGACAUAACGUUGGUGUGGAAAGGUGAAAUACGAAAAGAGAUUGUGCAUUUUCUUGGGAUUGUUUCUUUAAAUUUAUCAAGAAACAAUUUGAGUGGAGAAAUUCCUUCUGAGAUUGGAAAUUUAAGUUCACUUGAAUCUCUUGACUUGUCAAGAAAUCAUUUGCAUGGGAGAAUUCCUUCUUCUCUUUCUCAACUUGAUUUCUUAGGAAAAUUAGACUUGUCAUACAACUCUCUUUCUGGAAGAAUCCCAUUGGGAAGACAUUUGCAGACCUUUGAAGCCUCUUAUUUUGAAGGAAAUAUUGAUCUUUGUGGUGAACAACUCAAAAAAAGUUGUCCUGGAGACUAUUCAACCGCAAAACCAGAAGCAGCAACAGAAAAGGAGGGAGAUAAUUCUGAAUUCUAUGAAGCAUUAUACAUGCAUGGGCCUAGGAUUCUUCGUAGGAUUUUGGGGCUUAAUAGGGCCAAUUCUAAUUUGGAAACCUUGGAGAAUUGCUUACCUAAGGUUCUUGAACAUAUUGACAACUGA